AUGGACACAUCGAGCCCUGCAGUGUUCGUCAAUUCAGAGCUGUUGAAUCUGUACUUGGGCCGGAGAGUCAGAACAGUGGUUCAAGUGGUGCGCGUCGAUGGUGGGACGAUGACCGGACAAUCUCCUGAUGGGCAUCAACUCGUCGUGAAGGGCACACCGGCUAUUCCAUCGUCUCACUUCGUGGAGGUGAUUGGCAUUGCCGACGGCAGUCAGUCCAUUCGUGCUGAGAUCUGCACUGACUUUGGCGAAAACUUUGGUAAAUCACCAGCCUCAUAGAACUCCCCCCCCCCCCUUCGUGCAUCCCUUUCUUUUUAUUUAUUUAUUUAUCAGAUCAUUAAGAUCCAAGUACCCAAGAUCCACAAUUGGAAUGGCGACUUGUUCCAUGCCGUGUGAUGUGCUAUUUUUGUUAAGAUAGAUCCACGGAGUGGCCACUCCUUUCUGCUCAUCCGUCGCUUGAAUGUCCCAAAGACUUUAGCAGAGUAUGAAAGUCAAUGCAUGUAUUGCCUCGCAUCACAGAUGUCGAAGGCCCAGAUUAAGUAAAACCCUGCUGCCGUGGAUUGGGCUUUGACUUUGAGGGCCGGAUGAUGAUUUUUUUUUCUUUUUCCUUUUGAAGAAUCUCUCGUUCUGAUCCAUGGAUCUUGUCUUGUGCUCUCUCGCAGACACCAUGGCGUUCAACCGUUUGUGCCAGCUUGCAAAUGGAGAGCACAAGAGUCUCUUCCUUUGA